AUACAUGGACCUCUAUACAACAAAUCAAUUACAUGUGCUUGACUGUCCACUUUAUUGAUAAUAAUUGGAAAUUACACAAAAGAAUUCUGAAUUUUUGUCCUAUUUCUAGUCAUAAGGGUGAUGAUAUUGGCAAAGAAAUUGAAAAGUGUUUGCUUGAUUGGGGGCUUGAAAAUGUCAUGUGCAUAACAGUUGAUAAUGCUAGCUCAAAUGAUACUGCAAUUGGGUAUAUGAGAAGGAAAAUAAAUGGGUGGAAAACUGGGGUUCUUAAGGGUCGUUUCCUUCACAUGCGUUGUGUUGCACACAUUGUCAAUUUGGUUGUUUCUGAUGGGUUGAAAACUGUUAAUGAGUCGGUUCAACGUGUUAGGCAUGCUGUUAGGUUUAUCAAACAAUCUCCUGCUAGGUUGCAAAGGUUUAAAAAAUGUGUCUUAGAUGAAAAAAUCAACACAAAAAAGGGAUUGUGCCUUGAUGUGCCUACUAGGUGGAACUCCACCUAUUUGAUGUUGAAUGCUGCUAUUGAGCUUCAAGAUGCUUUUGAGAGGUAUUCUGGGGAAGACCCUCACUAUGUAGUUGAUUUGAAUGAGAGGGAUGGUAAGGGUAGCCCAGAUUCUGAUGAUUGGAAUAAUGUAAGAAGACUUUCUGAAUUUCUACAAGCCUUUUAUGAUCUGACCUUGCAUGUCUCUGGCUCUUUAUAUGCCAGUUUGAAUUUGUUUUUUCAUGAAUUGGUGAGUGUUGCUGUACUUAUGAAAGAUUUGGUUUCAAGUGAUGAUGUGGAUAUGUGUCUUAUGGCUUGUAGAAUGAAAGAAAAAUAUGAAAAGUAUUGGGGUGAUCCAGAAAAAAUAAACCUCCUGAUUUUUAUUGCCGUUGUCCUUGAUCCUCGUUAUAAGCUUGAUUAUGUUGAGUGGAUGAUAACUGAAAUUUAUGACCCUAUUGUUGCAUCAAAGUUAGUUGAUAAUGUGAAGGUAGCUUUGAAUGCUUUGUAUGAGGAGUAUCGUGUUUCUUCUGGUAAUGAUGUGAAUAGGGAGGAAGUGUCUUCAAGUAAGGAUGGCAAAACUCCAUUGAGUCCCAAACAUAAAAAGAUUGAAGUCUUAAAGAGUAAGUAUAAGAAACACAAGUGUGAGAGAGAUGGAGAUGCAAAAAUAGAGUUAGACAAAUAUUUGGAGGAGGAUACAGCGGAGGAUAUUGAUGAAUUUGACAUUUUGAGCUGGUGGAAGUUCAAUUGUUCAAGGUUUCCUACUGUGGGGAGAAUUGCCCGUGAUGUUCUUGUUGUCCCUGUUUCGACAGUAGCUUCUGAGAGUGCAUUCAGCACUGGGGGCAGGGUUCUAGAUCAGUUUAGGAGCUCAUUAACUCCUCGAGUUGUAGAAGGUCUUGUUUGUGCUCAAAAUUGGUUACGUGCUUCACCAUUUCCAAGUAUUGAAGAAUGUUUAGAGGAAGUUGAGCUUCUUGAAGAGGACUUGAAGAAUAUGGCAGUUGGUGAUGCUGAUAUUGAUGAAGUGCUUGAAAUAAUAGACUGAUGUGGCUCUUGCUCAUUGCUGACUUGCUGUUGCCACUUGCCAGACUUGCUACUGCCUUGCUCUAUCACUGCUACUGCCUUAGUCGA